UGACAUCCGCCACACACCCACACUGAGCCAGACGUCGCUACCAUGACAAGGGACCAGAAUGGAACCUGGGAGAUGGAGAGUAAUGACAACUUUGAAGGCUACAUGAAGGCCCUGGAUAUUGAUUUUGCCACCCGCAAGAUCGCAGUACGUCUGACCCAGACGAAGAUCAUCAAUCAAGAUGGCGACAACUUCAAGACGAAAACCAACAGCACAUUCCGCAACUAUGACUUGGAUUUCACUGUCGGAGUGGAGUUUGACGAGCACACAAAGGGCCUGGACAACCGGCACGUGAAGACGCUGAUCGUCUGGGAAGGUGAUGUCCUCGUGUGCGUGCAAAAGGGGGAGAAGGAGAACCGUGGUUGGCGGCAGUGGGUUGAGGGAGACAAGCUAUACCUGGAGCUGACUUGUGGUGACCAGGUGUGCCGUCAAGUGUUCAAGAAGAAGUGAAGGCCACGCGGGAGGCUCGCCCGGCUCAGCACACACUCGCUGCACCCACGCAGUGUUCUCCACUGGCUUUGAAGAGCAGCCA